AUGGGCUGUAUCCGUCCAGCAACGCCAGGAUUCAUCGUUACGCUGGUCGCCACAAUCUUACUCGCCGUGGUGUCCUUCUGCGUUCCCUAUUUCAAGUCCGUUUACUUCCUCAAGGCAAGCGUCAAGUUCGGAGACAAUACUGGAUCCAUAACGUUCGGGACACUGGGAUAUUGUGUUGACCUUCCCGGGAACAGCACAUGUUCAUCUCCGUCAGUUGGAUACGAGUUAGACAUAAACGGCCUGGUGGGGAACAAACUACCGUUUGAGAUUCCAAACGUUCUGGUCAAAUGGCUGACCUAUGCACUCGUCUUGCACAUCGUGGCCUUGGCGCUUUCUGCGGGGUCUGCGGUAUUUGGCCUCCUCGCCCACGUUCGGGAAAUGUCCAUGACAUGCUGCAGUACCUGCGUCUCAGGCUUCGCGGCUGUCGUUGCGAUGGUCGCCUUCAUAUUUGACAUUGCCCUGUUCUUCAUCACGAAAUCCCGCAUCAACAGCGUUCCCGGUGGAUCUGCCGAGAUUGGAAAUGCUAUCUGGUUGACAUUGGCAGCUUGGCUGCUGCUAUUCUUCAGUGGAUGCUUCUACACCUUGGGAAGAUGCUGCGUUACCAAGCGUAGCAGGUCGAAGAACGAUUGGAACAACAAAGGGAACGAUGACAGAGAACAAGGAAGGAUGGGAGGAUUUUUCAACACGAAUAAGGACAACAGCUAUGAGGAGCGAAUGAGGUUGGAUGCAGUAAAGGCGGAAGCUGAUAGGAAGGCGCGACAGAAGACCGCUACCGAAGGUGGCCUUCCAGCGUUUUACGAGAUUCAACCUCUAACAGCGCAAGAAUCCCAACCGUUGACCGCCCGUGUUGAAGGCGACUCUGUCUACGUCGACACGCCCUACCGAGAUGAGCAUAACGGACACCCAGGCCGCCAAGCUUCCGCCGGAGGUGGCGGUUACGUUGGGGGAGGCUAUGCCAGAGCUCCCGCAGGCACUCGCGCAGUGGACGAGUACUAUAACCCCACUAAUACGUCUUACCCUCCACAACCGCAGCAGCAGCCAGCGCCAUCACAAAGAACGCCUCGACGCCAACCCAGUGCUUCCACUUAUUCGGCAUACAGCUAUCAGGGUUCGCAGGCUCCAUCUACUUCCCCUCCACCGAUGCCCAUCAUCGCUCCCCCACCACAACGCACACCACACACCUCUCCUCCGCCCAACAACCAGUAUUUGAAUGUGGGCAACCAGUACGGUCAAGACCGCAGCGGUUAUUCCAACGCGGGCUAUGGGCAUGCUGCUCGGGACACAUCGUACCAAUCCGCUGUAUCUCAUCAGCAAUACCCUUCGAACUACAGUCAGGCCCAAGACCACUUCAACCCUGAUACCUACAACGCCACUGCGAUGAUGACUUCGCCCCCUCCAAACAUUGCAGCCAACCCAUACCUUGGCGGUAACGUCACCUCGAGCCCCAUCGCGGAAGAACCGACGUCGUACUACAACCCUCAUUCACCAACCCCGCCUAUCCAGCACCCAACACCAGACCGUAGCUAUACCCUCGGUGGCGAUGGAUAUGGGCAAAACACGGUUCCUGCAUUGAAUGAUCAGUACGGCUCGAGCUACAAUUAUGCUUACGGCGGACAUUCCACCGGAUCGCCCGCACACACGCCAUCUCCGGCGGUCGCUGCGCUCAACACUGCCGUUGCAGCCGCAGCAAUGCCUCACAGCGGGAGCACCAGCCCGGUGAGGGGACCUCGUGCUCAACCAUCAAUAGCACAGGCACAAUAUGACGACGCGCCUCCCGGAUACGAUGCAGGACCCAGCGCGCCAACAGGACAGUGGGGCAAGAACUAG